CUCUUCUAUAAAAAGCCCCUUCAGCGUCUCGUAGCAUCAGAGCACUCAACAGCCGCCAAGAUGACCAGUCUCACUCCCAAGGACAAAGCCGCCGUCAAGGCCUUCUGGGGCAAAGUUUCCGGAAAGUCUCAGGACAUCGGCAUGGAUGCUCUGUCCAGGUUGCUGAUCGUGUACCCUCAGACCAAGACCUACUUCGCCCACUGGAAGGACUUGAGCCCCGGCUCCGCCCCCAUUAAGAAGCACGGUAUCACCAUCAUGGCCGGCGUGGGCGACGCUGUAGGCAAGAUCGACGACCUGAAGGCAGGUCUUCUCAGCCUCAGCGAGCUCCACGCCUUCACCCUGAGAGUGGACCCCGCCAACUUCAAGAUUUUCACCCACUGCAUCCUUGUGGUGUUGGCCAUCAUGUUCCCCAACGAUUUCACCCCCGAGGCGCACGUGGCCAUGGACAAGUUCCUGGCCGCUUUGUCUCUGGCCCUGGCCGAAAAGUACAGAUAAAGCUGCAGAGAGCGUGGCAGCAGGCAGCGGCAUGUCUUUAACAUAUGCUUGGCAUCAAUAAAAGCAUGGGCGCAAACA